ACGGAAUCUAAACAGCCACGUAGUUCAGGGAGGGGAACGUCUGAAAGACCCUCAAGGCACCUUCGUCAAGCCCAGCCUACAGUUUUAACCAAAGUUUGCCGACCAUGAAGUAAAGGCGCAUUGCACUACUGAGACUUACCUUAUGUUCAUGGAUGCUGAAGCAGCAUCUGUAUUUAACGCGAUAUGGAAAAUGGAAAUGCAGAAGUGCCCUCAAACGAGGCCACCCCUCACCAGCCAGACACGCAACCUAGCCAAGAUCCAGACAGCAAUACUGUAGAAUCUCUGAAGCAUGGAGGACUGGACACAUCACUUUUCACACAGAAAAUCCCAAAUGGCCAUGUCAAGUCUGAGCCGUUACCAAAUGGAGAGGCCACGGUGGAGGGUCAGGAACCUGUUGGAGACACCCCACCUCUGGCAACUCCUUUUCCAGGCAGCCAGCUUUCUGACUCCCCCCUGUAUGCCAAGCCGGAUCCAGGUGUGGCCCGUUUCCCUGACAACCUAGAGAAGUCUGAGGGCUCUGUUCACAAGGGCGAUGCAUUGCAAUCGCUCAGACUAAGUAUUCCUAUGCAGGAGACGGAAUUGUCAUCUAAGGAACCAUCUAUGGAGAUGGAAAAUGAAGAGAAGAUCCGUCAGGAGGCUCGUCGGCGUCUGGAGGAACAGCUUAAACAAUACAGAGUACAACGGCACAAAGAGAGAACUCAUCGCUCCACCCCUAAGAGCCGCCAAUUCAGCACUCUGGACCCGGAGCUCAUGCUCCAUCCAGAGGAUCUCCCACGGGCCAGUACCGUUGCCAUGACGAAGGAAUACUCCUUUCUGCGCACCAGCGUUCCUCGUGGCCCCAAACUGGGCAGCCUGGGAAUCCCUCAAACAAAAGAGAAGAGAUUGAAAUCAUCCCGCUCAAACAAGAUUCAUUCUCUCGCCGAUUACAAAUCUCCUGAAUCUGACACCAAAAACACUGAGGCGUCAGGAGGUGCGGGUUCCACGUCUGCCGAUGCUUCGUUCACUUCACUGCACUCCUCCAUCAGCUCUGUGUCCACGGUUUCCGAGAUCGGCAUCAGCUCGGAGUCCAAUGCUCAUUUGGAAUAUUCUCCGCCAAACAGAGACUUUGAGAUGGAUGGGAGCGAAUCAGGUUUCAGGGUUGAUGGUAAUGACAGCGAUAGCUCUUCCUACAGUAGCGUGUCUAUUACAGGGACGUAUAAUAUGAUGGCAGCAAUAGUUAACAGGCCGAGAGCUCCAUAUAAUGUAGAAGGGAGAGAGAUCGCUCCAGAGGCCAUGGGCCACUUCCCAUCGCUACAGGAAGUCCUGCAGGCAGCCACUGAAGAGCAACAUGUGGAGGAACUGGAACAGGAGAGAGAAGGCAGUGUGGAGCCGCGUAGUCGGAGAGACAGCUUUUCCAGCAGUGUGUCGUAUGGAAGCUCGGUGAUGGGCACUCAUGAUGAGAUGCUCCAGGUGUUGAAAGAGAAAAUGAGAUUAGAGGGACAGCUAGAAUCUCUAUCAUCUGAGGCCAAUCAGGCUUUGAAAGAGAAGACUGAGCUCCAGGCUCAGCUGGCCACAGUGAGCGCACGGCUGCAGGGCCAGGUGGAGCAGACCAAUGCCAGUCAGGAGAGGCAGACCACCCUCACAUCUGAGGUCACUACCCUACGGUCCAACUGCUCGACGCUGGAGAAGGCCAUGGUGGACCUCCAGGCCAGUUUGGAGGGAAAGAACGCCAGCCUGGCCUCACUUGGAAACGACCUGCAAGUGGCUGAAGAGCAAUACCAGAGACUGAUGGGUAAAGUCGAGGAGAUGCAGCUUAGUCUAAACAUGAAGGACAACGCAGUUUCUGAUCUACGGCAGCAAAUGGGAGGUCUGCAGACGCAGCUUCAGCGGGUCCAGAGCGAGAGGAACGCUCUGCAGAGUAGAUUGAAGACGUCACAGGCGGAGGUGGACUCCCUACAGCAGCUCCGCCUCUGGUACCAGCAACAGCUCACAAUGGCCCAGGAGGCACGUGUACGGCUGCAGGGAGAAAUGGCCAACGUGCAGGCAGGCCAGAUGACUCAGAUCGGCGUCUUGGAAAAUCUAAAGAUGGAGAACGUUACACUGUCUCACCAACUCACAGAGACCAAACAUCGUUCGAUUAAAGAAAAGGAACGGAUUGCUGUACAGCUACAGAACAUUGAGGUUGAUAUGUUAACACAGGAAGCAGCCAUACAUCAGAUUCAGGAAGCAAAGACAAUGGUGGAGGAAGAUCUUCAUCACAAGCUGGAGGAGUUUGAAGAGGAACGAGAGAAUCUGAUUAAACUGGCCAACACGGCCACAACGCUGGAGAGAGAGCUAGAGCAGGUUAAACUCACUCUCUCCCAAAAAGACGCCCAGCUGGAGUCUUUCCAACUUGAGCACUUAGAGCUGAUGAAGCAGCUCACCACUACUCAGGAGAACCUCCAAACCAAAGAACAGGCCCUCAACCAGCUGGAAGCACGCUACCAGGAGCUCCAGGUGCAGCUGGAGGAGCUUCAGACAGACGCCACGGCUAAAGAUGAAACCCUGCAGUAUCUGCAGAACGAGAAAAUCGUCCUAGAAGUGGCUCUGCAGGCAGCCCGUGCUGAUAAAAGCGAGCUGGAUGAAGGAGCCGAGAGGCUCGGAGAGGGAGUUUUGGUGGCCUCCGAGAUGCUCGAUCAGCUCAGACAGGAAGUGCAGGUUAAAGCAACACAGAUUGAAUCUUUACAACAAGAGAAUGGCACCUUAAAAAAACAAGCACAGAAACUAAAAGAGCAGUUCACGCAUCAAAAGGUGAUGGUUGAAGCGUACAGGAGGGACGCCAGCUCUAAAGAUCAGCUGAUCUCUGAGCUGAAGGCAUCUAAGAAGCGUUUGAUAGCGGAGGUUAAAGACCUGAAGCAGGAACUUCUGAGAAUGGAUGGGGAGAAGAAGAGUGCCGAGCAGGAACAGGCUCGCUUGCUGAAGGAAGUGGAGCGAGUACAGCAACAAAUGAACAGCUUGGAAAACCACCUACAGUCUGUACAAACAGAAAGAGACCAACUUGACUCUCAACUGCAGUCUUUUCAGUUCGACCAGAGCCAGCUGGCUGCAGUGACGGAGGAGAAUGAAAAUCUGAGAAAAAGGAUCGAGCAAUUGCAAGAUGAAGCCAGGAAGUCCAUCUCGGAGCAGAAGGUGAAGAUGAAGCGUCUGGGCACAAAUUUGACCAGCGCGCAGAAGGACGUGAAGGCCAAGCAUAAGGCCUAUGAGAAUGCAGUCGGCAUUCUGAGCCGUAGGCUACAGGAAACCCUCACGGCUAAAGAGACUGCAGAGGCCGAACUCGAGGAAGUGAAAGCUCGGCUUUCUCAGGGAGGAAAUAGUCAGGAACUUCAGGCCAAAGUGGAGUCCCUGCAGAGAGAGCUGAAGGCAGUAAGCCAUAGUAAAGCCAUGCUUGAGAAAGAGCUCCAAGAGGUCAUCACCCUCACCAGCACCGAGCUGGAAGAAUAUCAGGAGAAGGUCAUGGAACUAGAGGACGAGUUGCAAGAAUCACGCAAUUUUAAAAAGAGAAUUCGUCGUCUGGAGGAUGCUAAUAAGAAGCUUGUGCUCGAGUUGGAGCACGAGAAAGGAAAACUUUCCGGGCUUGGGAAAUCCCAUAAUACAUUGCGGGAACAUGCCAAUAUUUUAGAGGCUGCGCUGGCUAAGAGGGAAGCAGACCUGGUGCAGCUCAACCUGCAGGUUCAGGCAGUAUUAAAGCGUAAAGAAGAGGAGGACCAACAGAUGAGACAGCUGGUGCAGACGCUCCAGGCUGCCCUAGAAAAGGAGAAAAUCAAAGUCAAGGAUCUCACAGAGCAGGUGGCCGAGGCCAACCUGGAGGCAGCGCACAACCGCAGGCACUACAGGGCAGCCAUGCUGGAACUGAGCGAGAUCAAGAAAGAUCUGCAUGCCAAGGAGGAGCUGGUCAAAGCUCUGCAGAAAGAAGCCAAGAUGCUUACAGCUCAAGAUGAUAAGCGCUCUGAGGAGGUUGCUCGAUUCCAGGAGGAGUUGGAUGAUGCUCACGAACAACUUCAGAUCCUUCAAAAGCAACUCGACGAGGAGCUCAAUAAACAGCCCCUCACCAACCAAGAGGUGGAAGAUCUGAAGUGGGAAGUGGAGCAGAGACAGCGGGAGAUCGAGACACAGAAACAGCAACUGGAGAUGGUGGAACAGAGUCACCAUAGAGAGAUGGACUCUGUUCAGGACACCUUGCAGAGGAUAAAGGUGGAGCUGGAGAUGGUCCAGGAGGAGCUGAACGGCACACGAAAGGAUAAGUUCAUGCUGCAGGCUAAAGUGGUGGAGUUGAGGAACACCAUGAAGACGGUUCUUCAGCAGAACAACCAGCUCAAACAGGACCUCAAAAACAACAAGAUGAGGAAGCGAAUGGAGCUAAAGGGGGAGUCGACUCCAGUGACGCCGGUAAAAAUCCCAGACUGCCCUGUUCCAGCGUCGCUCUUAGACGAACUGUUGAGGCCCUCAACAUCAGUUAAUAAAGAACCUCUCAAUAACCUCCACAACUGUCUGAAACAGCUGAAGCUUGAGAUGGACAGCCUUCAGAAGCAGAUGGAGGAACACACAGUCACGGUGACAUCAUUGUCCACCGCAGAGGAUCAGCUCCACAGAUUGGGACUCCAUGACAAUAGCAAAGAUUCAUCUAGUAAAGAAGAAAAUGAUGACAUGAAGCAGGAGAUGCAGCUCUCGUAAUGCACAAAAAAUCCUUUAAAAACACUUGCUGGGAGAGUUCUGUUUCAUCAUUUGGGCACUUUUUAGAAAGAAUACUUUUUUGUUGCUUAUAAACUGCCAAUAUUUGGCUUUCCCAUCUUCAACAAGAAUAUUUAGGUGAAACUUGAUUGUGUGCACCACAGCUUUAUUCUUUUGGGGUUAUAUGGGUGUUUGUUUGUUUGUUUUUGUUCUUUUGUCACUAUUUAUUAUGUUACACGGAGCUGCUCACUCUCAAAUCUCGCUCUUCAUCUCGCAAUUCACAGAAGUCGCCCACCCGAUGUUCACGUUGUGAUUUCCAGUCGUUUCCUUUCUCAUCUUACGAGAGGUGCAGAAACGGAUCAGUGAGGGCUACUGCUAGGCUGCUUAGUUCUGCAGGACAGUGAAAAAAAUUCAGGGCACCAGACUUUCAGUGUUACAGUAACUAGGGGCCUGUUUUGGUCGGCGAACAUUUUGCAUAUCCGUCUGGUGGUAGUACUCACUGCAUGGAGAAUUUAGCAGCUGAACUGUUCUUCCAUUCCUCUGUGCCUGCGAAUGAGCUAAUCUCUCAUUCCGUGGCUGGACAGACGCCUGUUCAAGCCAACAUUGAGCCGUUCCCAAUGCAAUAUGCAUUUAUUAUCAACAAAACUAGGCCCCCUAUUUAUCAAACAUCUCAAGCACAUAUUAGCUUUUUUCUUUCUAGUAUUCUGUUUCUUCCAAUGAUAUAACUGGCAAAAACAGAUCCUUGAUCAGCAUUCUUUGUUUUGAAAAUUCUACAUUUAAUAGCAGGGCUGUUCUCCGAUCCUAGAGGGAUGCUGUCUAGCCCGACUUAAACCCCAGGAUAUGAAUAGUUCUGAUAGAAAGUCUAUAGCGAUGAUGUCAAUGUCCUGUCAUUAUACACUAUAAACUGUACGACUUUACCCACAAGUCUCAGUUUACAUCCACUGUUUGUACCACAUUCUUUGGGAUGGUUUAUCACAUUGUGAGGAUUAAUGGGACCUUGGAGCCAAUACUGUAAUUUGCACCAUGUCCUCCUUAAAUGGACAGUUCACCCGAAAUCUGAAUUCUUUCAUUAUUCACUGACCAUCAUGAUUCCAAACCUGUUAAACGGAUACAACCAACAUUAAACCCCCGAGACAUCGCAAAAUAUAUUUUGUGCUCCAUAGAACAGUCAUCUUUUUUUUUCUUUUUGAGUGAACUGUCCCUUUAACUCCUGUAAUGCCCAAAGUUUCAAACUCGGGACUUUAACCCCCAAAUGUGUAAAUAUUUGUGUGAAAGUGGGAGAAAGCAGUUGCCCUUUUGUACAGGGUAACAACUCGUGUAUCACAUCAGGUCAUCAACUGACGUCUGGUUGCAAUUGCGAGAUCCUGUAAAUAUCGCCCUGAUGCUGUAAUAAAAUAACUGCUAUGAGAGUGCGACUUCACUAGUUUCUUUAGGGCUGCGCCUUAAAAUUACGACAAAAAAAAGAAAUACAGCUACAGGUUUCUCAAGUAAAUAAACUGAAAAAUAUUUCUGUUAAAACCUGGAAAAUAAUGUAACAUAGAAUGGAUGAAUGUGCUCUUGAAAGUACUGUUGAGUGUGUUUUACGUAUAUAUUUAUAAUAUAAAUGAAAGGUAUUGAUUUUGCACAACUGAUAAUAUUAGAAAGCUAACUGACUUUCAGGGAUGGACAGAUGUUAAAUAUUGUUACUUUUUGAUGCCCUUUUUUUGCCUGUGUUGAUGCAAUGUUCAAUUAUUCAAAAACAUUUUUGCUUCUCAAAAUUCUCAUGGAUGGUUUGCCAUUACAGCCUUAACUAUUGGAGAUGUAUAUGGAUAUAUUAUAAAAAAAGAUUUAUAAUUUGGUCAUUUUUUUGGUGUUUCCCCUGAUAUCUGCGAUUUACAAACUCUGUCUGUUGUUUGUCUAAGUGAAGCUGAAUUCAACUGUCAUUGGCUUGAACUGUUUAAGAAUGUUUUGAGAUCUGUAGUAAUGUUUAAACUGCUUUAAAUGUUUAAGACGUAUUGGGAAAUCAAGCUUUACAUGCUGACAUGUACAUUCAUAUUAAAAGGAAUAAUACACAUUCAACAAAAGGGAGGGUUUUUAAUUAAUUGAAAAUAUACUGUGUGUAAUAUAAUGUACUGACCGUUAAACGCACGAGUUUCUGUUCAACGUUUCAAAGAAAAUGUUCAACUUUUGUUUCAAUGUUUCAAUGCUUGCUUUUAUGGAAUAUGCCAUAAUUGUGUGUAAAAUAUAAAUCAUUCUGUAAGAUGA